AUGGUUAACGUGGCUGUUAUUUCAGGGGGCACGGCUACAAACACAAUCUUGGAUGUUUUCCAAGAUCUAUCAGAAGCUGGAGGCCAAAAUACCUCGGUCUCGCAUAUUUUGCCUGUCUCAGAUAACGGCGGUUCUACAUCCGAGAUUAUAAGAGUGUUGGGUGGUUGCUCUGUUGGAGACCUCAGGUCGAGAAUUGUGCGACUUAUUCCUAAUGAAAGCCAAGGAAUUCGUAAUUUGCUUUCUCACCGGCUUCCCAGCAAAGCCACAGAUGCUAAAUUGGAAUGGGGAUCAAUAGUUGAAGGCUCACACGAGCUGUGGUCAGACGUGGAUCCCGCAUGUAAAGAGAUCAUCAGGAGUUUUCUUAUCCACGUUCACAUGGAGAUUUUGAAGCGCUCACGGAACAGUACAAAGAAUUUCAGACUUGAACUUGCCAGCAUUGGUAAUUUGUUUCUCACUGGUGCAAGACUUUUUUGCGGAUCUUUGGAUUCUGCAGUCGAAUUGAUAUUGCGCGUUGCAAGAGUUUCCUCGAGACUUCACGUUAUUCCGUGUCUCAACACUAAUUUCACGUACCACAUCAGCGCGCUACUGAAAGAUGGUACAAUUAUUACUGGACAGUCACAGAUCUCACACCCCUCAAAACUCGGGCGUAACAAAGACAGCAAUGAAUCGGGCUUCUCUCUUCCUAUAGUAAAAGCCGAUUCUUUAAUACACCCUCCCCCAAUAAUCCCAUCAGGACAAGCUUCUCCAUCUCACACGUACUCAUCAUUUUUGGAUAAUGCGCAUAUUGGAGCUCCUGCUGAUAAAUUGGGUAGCCAGGCAAUUUUGUACGGAGUUUCCAGCCAAGUCGAACAUAAUCAUACUUUAGAUUCUGAUACCGAAGAUGAGAAUGAGUUUGCAGUACCAAGUUACAUUCAUCCAGACCUCAAGAAGUCACAAUUGCAUGUGGAUAAAGAUGACACGGCGCCGCUGCCAGCACCGAUAGAAAGAAUAUUUUAUAUUUCACCAUAUGGUGAGGAAAUAUACCCUGUGGCUCAAUCUCGUGUCCUUCAAUGCCUGUCGACUUGCGAUGUGAUUGUGUACUCCAUUGGAUCUUUGAUGACCUCUAUCAUUCCUGUACUCAUACUACAAGGAGUUGGAGAGGCUAUACUCGAGAAUAGUAACAAGAAAAAGAUACUCCUUCUAAACGGGACGUUGGAUCGUGAAACGCAGUCUUUAGACGCCCUUGGGUUUAUAAAAGCAGUACACGGGGCCCUGGUAUACUCAAUGAAGACAAGUUGCGAGAGACGAAAUUUGACCUGUCAGUCAACUCUUUCCUAUUCCUCCUUCAUUACACACUUAGUUCACCUCAUGCCCUCCAAAGAAAUUAAGGUGGAAACCGAAAAAAUAAAAGAAUUGGGUAUUGAAUGCAUUGAAGUCGCUCCACGUGAAGACGAUGAUACCAGAUAUAACUUGGAGGACUUGCAUGCAAAAUUACAGAAGAUAGUUAACAGAUAG